ACCAGUAAAUGCGGCAUUGUUUAUGUGGUUGUGUUAGGGUUUAGUCAAGGCUUCUUCUUCUUCAGCGACCAAUGGCUCCUCCUAAGGGUGAUACAAAAAAGGCUGAUCCAAAGGCACAGGCCUUGAAGGCUGCAAAGGCCGUGAAAUCUGGACCAACCUUUAAGAAGAAGGCCAAGAAGAUCCGAACAUCUGUUACAUUUCACCGGCCGAAGACAUUGAAGAAGGACAGGAACCCCAAGUACCCUCGCAUCAGUGCUGCACCAAGGAACAAACUUGAUCAUUAUCAAAUUCUUAAGUAUCCCCUCACUACUGAGUCUGCCAUGAAGAAGAUUGAAGAUAACAAUACUUUGGUUUUCAUUGUUGACAUUCGUGCUGACAAGAAGAAGAUAAAGGAUGCAGUCAAGAAGAUGUAUGAUAUUCAGGCGAAGAAAGUGAAUACCUUGAUCAGGCCUGACGGUACAAAGAAGGCUUAUGUCAGGUUGACACCGGAUUAUGAUGCAUUGGAUGUGGCAAACAAAAUUGGCAUUAUUUAAGAUAGGAACUCUUUUCAUCACAUUUUUCAUUUUGUUUUAGGCCAAAGAGUAAGACAGUAUGUUGAGACCCAUCGGGGAACUUUGCAGAUUGAUCUUGUAAACUUGUGUUUACUGCUGGUUAAUUUUUUCAGAUUGUUUUUUUUGACAGAUUCUGGGACAUAUAAAUUUUAAUUUUAAUUCACUUAUUUCUGGAA